CCUGGUAGAGAUGUGGCACCGUACAAGUAGAACCAUGAAUUGAUUACGACAUCCCUUUGACGUCAUCUGGGCGGAGCGAUGGGCAUGAAAGAACCGCCCGCUGGUAGACCAUAUCUCGCCAGCGGCACGCUGGCGAUUCCCUAAACAUCACGCCCUUGGUCUCCCACAUCCCAGGAAGAAAGCAGCUCAACAACAUGCGCGCCAUCACACGCCCCGCAAAAGACAAACCCCCACGACUCGACUCCUCACAUCCCGUUCCGCAGCCCUCACCAACUGCAUACCUCGUCUCCACAAAGGCCACCGCCUUGACACGCGGCGAACUCACAUGGCCAGAGCCACUCGAGCCAGAGAUACCGAUCCCCGGCUAUGACUUGGCCGGCUAUAUCCAGCAACUACCCUCCGAGUCUCCAACCCCGUCCCGAUUCAAAACCAAUGACGAAAUCUACGCAUUAACGGCCUUCCACCGACAGGGCAACGCCCGUGAAGUAUCGUUGGCACUAGAGGAAGAGAUGGCUCUGAAGCCGAGGAACAUGAGCUUCGAAGAGGCUGCGACGGUUCCGUUGAGUGCGCUGAGUGCGUGGCAGGCAUUGUUCGUGCAUGGGAAGCUGGAAGCGAAUUUCACUGAUCGAGAAACGUUGGAGCGGUCUACGAUGGGGAAGAGGAGGGUGCUUGUUACUGCUGCUUCUGGCGGGGUGGGUAUCUGGGGAGUGCAGUUGGCGCACCAAGCCGGUGCUCAGGUGGUAGGGACUUCUGGGCCUACCAAUGUGGACUUUGUCAAGAGCUUGGGAGCAGACAUGGUGUUGGAUUACACCAAGACGGAUAUCGCGGAUUGGGUCAACGAAGACCGAGAGAGUCGUUGCUUUGACAUCGUCCUCGACUGUGUAGGUGGGGAAACGCUCGUGAGUGCAUGGAAAUGCGCCCGAAAGGGAGGAACAGUGAUUAGCGUCGCUGAGCCUCCGGUGCCAAAGAAGCCUGCCACUGGAGUGGAAGAAGGGGUUGAGGGCGUUUGGUUCAUCGUGUCCCCCAACGGCGCGCAGCUUGCUCGGAUAACGCAAUUGAUUGAAGAAGGGAGGUGCAAGGGUUGUGUCGAUAAUGUUUACAAGCUAGAGCAGUGGGAGGAGGCGUUUGAUAGGGUCGAGGGAGGGCAUGCCCGAGGAAAGGUAGUUCUACAGUUGUAGAGGGAGGGCAUUGUAUUUCGGCGUCAGUCGUAUACAGUCACAAACCAGCCAAACCGUCCGUAUGAGGGGUGAGCAGAAAAGUCGAUUGGAAGCAGCAGAAUCAUACAAUUACCCCUUGGCGGCAACGAUAACCGCAAAGCCAGAGUGGAAGUUACACAGUAUCACAGGAGAAGCUGCGUCCGACCAAGAAUGCCAGAAAU